UUUUCCUCUAAUAGUGGUAAAAUUGAAAAUACAAAGUAUAUAUACAAUCCUCUGGUUCCUAUCAUACAUUUACUUCCUGGCGCAAUCCUUCCACACAGUUACUGGACACGCCACAGUACAUUCCUAGCCCACAUUUUAUAUUCCUUCAUUCUAGCAGUAACGAGCAGGAAGAGAGAUACCAGAGGAUAACAGAUUUUAUCGCGAGUGGAAUAAAUAUUCAAACAAAGUGUAGUGCUGGCUGAAUGCUGUAAGGGCAAGUGGCCAUAUAUGGAUUGGAUCGGGAAUUGGAUGUUUCCAGAGUCACUGAUCCUUUCCACAGAAGAAGAAGAAGAAGAAGUGUUCAGUAUAUUGUAUUUUAAUUUAAAAUCUUAAACUAAUGUUUUAAAAAUCAUAUGAAAAUCAUGCAUUUUCACAUCAAUAACAUUAUUACCAAAGUUAAACAAUAUAAGGCGAGAAAGCUUAUUGGAUUUUCAGAACAACAAAUGUACAAUGUUGUAGCGGAUAUAAAAAAUUAUAAAGCAUUUUUACCUUUCUGCAUAAAAUCUACAAUACUAGAUCAUAAUGACAACAUUCUCAAGGCCAAUUUAGAAAUUGGAUUUCCACCUGUUACCGAAAAUUACACCUCAAAAGUAACGCUGGUGGAACCAAAGCUUGUUAAAGCACAGUGCUACGAUGGAAGAUUAUUUAAUUAUUUAGAAACAAAAUGGAAAUUUGCUCCAGGACUUAGAAGCAACCCAAAAACAUGUGUUAUAGAUUUUUAUGUAAAAUUUGAAUUUCGUUCUCUUUUGCAUUCACAGUUAGCAACAAUUUUCUUCGAUAAAGUUGUGAAAGAAAUGGAAAUAGCUUUUAUUAACGAGGCGAGGAAUCGUUAUGGUAAAGAAUCAAUUCCUACUCACCAAUUAAAUAAGCUGUGAUAGAUACUUGUCUUUGAUGUGUUUGUAACUAAUGAUAAAUGAAAAUUGUUUUCAAUAUAGAUAGAAAAAUAUAUUUUACAUAACAAAUAUUA